AUGACUUCAAGAUAUCGCGUCGAAUAUGCCUUGAAAACUCAUCGUCGUGAUGAGUUUAUCGAAUGGAUCAAGGGUCUGUUGGUUGUCCCGUUUGUUCUUCAUGCCGGACCAACAGUCAAUGAAAUGAAAACUGUAGAAAUUUCAAGGGCUCGUUAUGCUGAAAUCUUUCGCGAUGUUGAGCAGUUGAUUCGAGAUAAGAGUCUUCCUCAUUUGUCAAGACUGCGAAGCCUAGUUCCAUCUAUCGGCACCUUUUUUACAGAGCUGCCGCUUGAACGUGCUUUUCUAGAGCAAGACCCGAAGCGGGCCAUUUCCGCCCGUCGCCUUGUGAGUCCCAGUUUCAAUGAUAUUCGAUUGAUUCUUAACACAGCCCAAGCAAUGGCACUUGCCGAUGGUGAACAUCCACUUAAGCUAGUAACUUUUGACGGAGACGUGACUUUAUAUGAUGACGGAAUGUCCUUAUUAAAGGAUGACCCGGUGGUGGCACGGCUCAUUAAACUACUCUCUAGAAACCUCUAUGUAGGAAUUGUAACGGCUGCUGGAUAUCCAGACAAGUCAGGAGCAAACUACAUUGUUCGUCUCAAGGGACUUGUGGAUGCUAUUCAGGAGUCUACAGACUUGACAUCCGAUCAAAAGAACAAUGUAUAUGUGAUGGGUGGUGAGUCCAACUAUCUUUUUCGCCUAAAAGGCUCAGAAGCCGAGCUCGAGUGGAUUUCUCCACGCGAUUGGACUAUUUCAGAAGUUACCAAAUGGCAAGAAUCCGACAUGUGUGAGCUUCUUGAUACUGCGCAGAGUGUGUUGAGCCAUUCUCGUGCACAUAUGAAUCUCCAAAGCUCAACUCUGAUUGUGCGUAAGGAACGCGGCGUGGGGCUCGUGCCUCGUGAGGGGCACGUGAUUUGCCGCGAAGUGCUUGAAGAAGUGGUCCUGACAGCACAGCGUAGACUCGAAGCAACAGCAGUUGCAGGUCGGGUCAGCUUCAGCGCCUUCAACGGAGGCCAUGAUGUUUGGGUUGAUAUUGGAGACAAGCGCUUGGGUGUUUUGAGUUUGCGCCGAUAUCUUGGCGCCAUUGAAGGUGAUCAGGCGCUACAUGUGGGCGACCAGUUUGCAUCUGUUGGUGCAAACGACUUUAAGGCACGUAUGGCCGCGUGCACCGUAUGGAUCGCAAGCCCUAAAGAGACGGUGGACAUUAUGGAUGAGCUCGUAGAGUAUCUGGGAUAG